UUCCAGCUGAGUGCUUGCUCUCUCACAGUGUGUGUGUGUGUUGUCAUUAUUAUCCACUCUGCUCCCAGCUCAGAAUGGCCAGAUUCACUCAGACUGAAACAAGAAGGCAGCACCAUCCACAGCAGCCCCAGCCCGCUCACUCCAGCCUGGUUUUCACCGGACCGGGGGCACCACCGACCCAACCACCACUACUACUAAUCCCACAUCAGCACCAGUACCCUCAGAUCACAUUUCCGAAACCCAUGAACGGGUCAGAACCCAUUUCCAUUCAUCCGGAGAACGGCAACAUGAAAGACCAAGAUGCCAUUAAGCUGUUUAUCGGGCAGAUACCGCGGAACUUGGAAGAAAAAGACCUGAAACCCCUGUUUGAACAGUUUGGGAAAAUCCACGAACUGACAGUUCUCAAGGACCGAUACACCGGCAUGCACAAAGGUUGUGCAUUCCUCACCUACUGCGCCCGGGAGUCGGCCAUCAAAGCCCAGAAUGCCCUCCAUGAACAGAAAACACUGCCAGGGAUGACUCGCCCCAUCCAGGUGAAACCAGCUGACAGUGAGAGCCGCGGAGAAGACAGGAAGUUGUUUGUGGGGAUGCUAAACAAACAACAGACCGAGGAGGAUGUUUACCGCCUCUUUGAACCCUACGGAGUCAUCGAGGAGUGCACGGUCUUAAGAGGUCCCGACGGAAACAGCAAAGGUUGCGCCUUUGUCAAGUUCUCCACACACACUGAGGCUCAGUCUGCAAUCAGUGCUCUCCACGGCAGCCAAACCAUGCCAGGUGCUUCCUCCAGCUUGGUGGUCAAGUUUGCCGACACAGAUAAGGAACGCACCAUCAGACGUAUGCAGCAGAUGGUUGGGCAGUUUGGCAUCUUCAACCCAGCCAUCGCCCUUCCCUUCAGCACCUACAGCUCUUACGCACAUGCGCUAAUGCAGCAGCAGGCAGCCAUCAUGGCAGCAAGCCACGGGGGUUACCUCACGCCUAGUGUGGCUUUCCCGGCCACACAGAUCCACCAGAUGGGGGCGCUCAACAUCAACAGCCUCCCACCCACCCCCAUGACCCCGGUGUCGGGUGAGUUUCAUCAAACCCUGGCAGGCCUCAGUUCUCCACCAGCCAACAUCACCACUUCUGCCGUGCCAAGCAUCGUAACGCCCAUCGUCAACGGAUUCACCGGCAUCCCUCAUCAGCCCAACGGACACCCUGCUGUGGAGACUGUGUACACCAACGGCCUGCCGCCCUACUCCACCCAGAGCCCCACGGCUGCUGACACCCUGCAGCAAGCCUUCACCGGGGUACAGCAAUACACAGCGAUCUACCCAGCCACUACGCUGACUCCCAUUGGCCAGACACUGCCCCAACCACCCCAGGUCAUUCAGCAGCAGCAGCAGAGAGAAGGUGAGGGUCCAGAGGGCUGUAACCUGUUCAUCUACCACCUGCCGCAGGAGUUUGGAGACAAUGAACUCAUGCAGAUGUUUCUGCCCUUCGGCACCGUCAUCUCCUCUAAGGUCUUCAUGGACCGGGCGACCAACCAGAGCAAGUGCUUUGGUUUUGUGAGCUUCGACAACCCUGCUAGUGCACAGGCAGCUAUUCAAGCCAUGAAUGGCUUUCAGAUCGGGAUGAAGAGGUUGAAAGUCCAACUAAAGAGACCGAAGGAUGCCAGCCGCCCUUACUGACACAGCCUACCUUCAGUAUUCACUGCAGCAGCACAGGUUUUAGAGGACACGUGAAGAUAUCUCGGAGGAGUUCAACUUUUUUUCUUUGAAAGCAAAAUAUGUUUUAAAAAAAAUCAACACAUAAGGAAUUUUUGAAGACAUAUCAGCAUUUACUUAUUAUGAAGAUAUAGGUUAUGGCAGAAAAAAAAGAAGAUGUGAAAGAGGAGGCGCUUCACCGGGGGACUUAACAGUACCAGAUGGCACAGUGCAAGAAAGACGAGAGGAAAAAAAAAUUGAAAAAAGAUGUGAUGAGACUGAACAACAGAACUUUUUUCUUGUUGAGACUUGAAUUGUUAAUUAAGCAACAAACUAACAAACAAAAAAGCAGCAACAACAAAUAGAUUUCUAUAUACAUAUUAUAUACACAUAUAUAUAAGGAAAGAGGCGCUUGUGGCUUUUACUGUACUGGACAAAUGAGGGUUAAAACUUGAAGAUCAAGAAAAACAGUGGAAAAAAGAAGCUAUUCUAUGAGUCCACUGACAGACUUUCUUUCUCUUCCCUCUUUCUCUUACUCUCUCACCGUCUCUCUCAGCAAGCGCAGAACUAUGACUCUUGGAGGUCACUGAGGUUUCCAUUAGCAACAGUAGAACUGCAAAUCUUUCACCCCUAAGGGACCAAAGGACCAAACAUUUUUAUUGUUCUGAACAGUAAUAUAUAGUAUUAAUGAUACUAAUACUACAAACUACUACUAAUAAUAUUACAAGUUAAACUUAAGAAGAAAUACUAGCUUCAGGUUGAUUAAAAAAAAGAGGAAAGGGGUUUUGGUUUCUUUUCCUUUUGCAUUUAUAGCUAUUGGGUUUGAGAAUAUUAAAACAUACAGAAAAAUGUAUAAAAAAAAAAAUAAAGCUAUACUAUUUUAGUGGCGUAGAAUAUGUGGGUUAGACAUUGUUUCGGGCAUGUUCAGAUAUGUUGUUUUGCCACUCAUUACUCCAUCUCCAUCUCAGUGUUUCAUCUCGGAGGUGUGAUGUGUCGGUGUUAUUGUGUCUGAGGAAGGAGAGAGAACAGUCCCGUAGUGCCAAAUGUGACACAAUAACAAACCUCUUAAAGCAAACACCAAACAGCUAUAGCGUGUUUAGCCGUGUAACGCCGCCUCCUGUUCUCAUCAGAUACAUCCACCUUCUAAUUGAUCGUCAUUGCAAACUUACAGAAGCGAAGGGUCGAGCCGUGUCGUCAUUAAAGCCUCAAUAUUACAGAUAAUCUGACCAUAAAGCACUGUGGUAAAAGUGCCAAGCAGGCCGAGCCGGAUCCGCAGCAGUAAAACGGAGCAGCAUCUGUAACUGCUUAAUAAAAUAUACAAAUGAGCUUGACAGCAGUUGUAAAAAUUUCCAUCGGCGUGUCACCGUCCGUCGGUGGCGGGUCGCGGCCUCUCUUGCUGCCAAGCUGCUCCAGCUGCUCCCAGCAGGAGGGAGGACACCCCCCCCUCCCCUCCUCCUCUUCCUCCUCUUUCCUCCCCCUUUUCCACCCUCUCUCCCCUCACCUCCAAGUGCCAGCAUAUCUUUCUCUUAAUAGGGACCAUCGGUUCACGGGGACUGAGCGCUAACCCACUGCAUAAUUAGGAUAAUGAUAAUAUUGAUCCGAUGGGGAGCAGCACUGCGGGGCAAGAGAUGCACAAUCAAUUCCACAUUGGCAUUUUGAAUGAAUUGACUGACUGACAGAGUUCAUUUUUCUCUCAGUGGUUGGAUGAGUGAAAAAGUAGUCAUUUUUUCAUCCCCCCUUACCCCUUGUAGCUGCUAUGUGGAGCCUCUGAGCGGGCCCCAAACCUGACACAUCCAGUCUUGACACCUCAUUGUACUUUAUUAUUACAUAGAAGCUCAAAGGUUGGUGUUUUUCCGCGGCUGUGACAGGAUGUUUAUAUAUUGUUUAGACUAGAUCGUAUGAGUUCUUCAGUGAAGAGCAGCUGUAUUUUUUUUCCAAAGGGUAUAAUAGCACAGUAAGAGCUUGUACACGGUGAGGAACAGCCUUAGGAGGUCAAAUUAAGAGCAAAAUGAUCCAUCAAUUAGACAGCGGCAGGCCUGUAAGUGUAGCUGCUACAGCUGCUGCUGCUUCAACAAGACGACAGCUUACCAUUAGCGGCGGUCACACAUGGCUCCUAUACAGUGUGGUCACGACACAUCACACCGUCUCAGGUCUGCUUCAUUAACUCAACCGGCAUCACCUCAUGCUGAUGCGUUUACAGAAGGAGACGUACCACACGCUACAUCCAAGAUCAAAUCAGGUUUUGUGUUAAUUUGUUUGCUUUUGGACUUGCCUUUCAGUUCUCCAUUUCAGCCUGGUAUUUGUUGAGCUACCAUCCGCUCUGUCUUAUAAUUCAUGUUUCUCCCACUCGUCUGUUGGUGAACUCAGUUUGCUCUCUGAAGCAGCGUGCCCCUCAGGACUCAGCGAGACCUCAGAGCUCUGAUCAUUUCUCUAAACUUUCGACACAUCAGUGCUUCUCUCAGCAUCACAAUGCCGUCUCUGCGGCCUCAUCCACAGUCUGCACAAAGCACACUACUGUACCGCAGAAGUUAUCGUCGUAGCGGCUUCUUUAGGACUUCUCUGAAUACGCUUUAUCCCUUCUUUGACUUUUACUGCAGCUCAUUCUUUUUUAUUCGUGUGAUUAGGAAGGAAGGCGGUGUGUAAUUUUCAGUCGACACUUUACACAUGUUUACCCUCCUUCACUGUAUAUUGUUCUGUUGCAAGCAGCACUUUGAUGCUGUUAAAACAAAAUAUGCCUUUUUCUCAUUGUGAAUUGCCAAAUUAUGCAAGCAUGUCCACGUCAGACUUUAAAUGUGUGCCAGAUUCCUCCAAUAGCAUACAUUUCUAAGAGGAAAUUACAUGAAUUUUCAGGAAUAGGAUAAAAUACAUGACUUUUUUUGAAAGCAGUGAAACAUUUCAGGAGACGGGUCAAUUCAGGCAACAUGACAUACAAAAGGUUUUUCUUUUUUAUUCAGUGAAAGCUCUAUAUUUUCCAGAAGACGGCGUUUUGCCUCUGGUGAGUUACUGUCAGGGCCGAGCAGCUUUAAGAAGCUGUGAUAUACGAACGCUGUUCUGUCCCCAGGCCAUACAGGGCCUUCCAAACCCACUCAGAAAUCCUUUCUUAUGGGAUUUCUACUGGAGAGUUUUGUAAAUUAUUAAAAUCAAAUUAAAUGUGGCCUUCACAACAGUUUGGGUAAUGCAAAUUAAAGAUGCCAGCUGUGGCUGAAAUUUAAUGAGUUUGAAAGAUGUUGAGCUAAUUUUAUUCUGCCAUGGAGAAAAAAAAAACGUUUGAUUGAACACAAUUAAAAGCAGUGAAGGUUUGUGGAUGGAGACCAGAGUACGUUUACUGUCUGCAGUCCACCGGCCUUUAGAUCCUGUACAUAUCCACUGGAACACUCUGAAGAGAAAGUCAAGAAAUCAAAUAAAAAACUUCAACACAUGUUGAAAUGACCAAGAAAGAACAGAAGUGGUAACGGCAGUAAUAAUAAUUCCAAUAGUGUUCUAAUUUAGCUGCAUGUUCUCAAACUAAAAUGUAUCUUUUGCAUCGUUUUCACUCUUGCAUCAAUAUUUUUGCCAUUCUUUGACUAUUUCUCAUCCUACCAUAGUGCCCUUUCAAUCUCUGAGCAUGCUCAAUGGGGGCUGGGAGGGUUAAAGAUUAUGAUUAUGGUACUCCUUGUAUUAACAAUGAUUCUUUAACUAUGGUUUGAAUGCUAAGGAUAGUAGCUUAUUAUAAAUAUGAAAUCUGUAUAUUAUGGAAAAUCAGCACAGGACCUUUCUUUGGGUACAGAUAGGUUAGUGUUUGACAUGGGACGGGGAGGGCUGGGGGGUGGGUUUUUGCUUUAUAAAGAUGUUAACUUUCUGGUUUCUCAGCACAAAGCAAACAAAAACAUAUAACCGUCAGUACGGGGUCUGGUCCGACCGGAGACUUUACUGACAUACAGGGCGCAAAAGAGAAAUCUCAGUACUAUUUUAUCUUUAAAACCUGAUGGAGAAAAAUGCUGUUUACAGGUUGUAUUGUUUAUCUUUGCUUACUUUUUUUGGUUCUUUUUUUUUUUUUUCUUUUUUUUAAGGAGAGUGCCACCUAUUUUGUGGCAGUGUCAGUACAGCAUGGAUUAACUGACAGGGAAAGCAGUAUCUUUUUAUAUAAAAAAAAACUUUGGAAAAAAAAAAACAAAAACAAACAAAACUCUGUGUU